AGAUCGAAGAAGGGAGGAAUUGAAGAACUUUCGAACUAAAAACCAAAAAAUCAUUCAUCGACGAUUCUGCUCGUCAUUAUCUUCGUUUUCCCAUAUUUCCAAACAAAAACCGAACGCACAGCAACGGGGGAACAUUCUGGUAUUUGUAUUAUUAUUACUACUACUAUUAACUAUUUCUGACAGCACUAAAAACCACCAAACACUAUUACUUCUACUACAACAACACCAACAACAACAACAACAACAACAACUACUACUACUGCUACUACUAUUACGGGGAGAAUAACAACUACUAUAACAGAAGAUACACUACACCUAAUGCUGUUACUAAUACUUUGCGAGAGCAUCAACGAGCUCAGUUACUAAAAAAAAUGAAUAUGUAAAUAAACAAAUAAAUAAAUGAACUACUGUUGCAUUACUCUGCACCACCCCCUACUCUCACCGCUCUCUCACCAGUACCAGUACCACUACCACUACAUUGCCUGUCUCUGUCUCUUCUUUGGUUUGUUGACAGAGGUAGCAGCAGUGCAGUGGUGUUCUAGUGUUUCGAAUAAUAGUGAUAGCGCUGGUGUCCACCACAGGCAAAGACGACAUUUUCUGUUAUAGUAAUAAUAAUGUAAGCUAGCAGUUUUAUCACCUGUAUAUAUAUAUAUUUUUCGAGGUCGCUGUCAUAGUAGAUAUGAUUCCUGUUGUGGUCUUCUGCACCGACAACCGUCUCGCCACUAUCCUUCUCGCUGUUGCAUAUCCCUUUCACUAAAUUCUAUCUUCCAAUAUAUCGCCUUUCACUAAAUGAUGGAAUGCAUCCUUUAGAUAACAAUACUCUUCGAACUUCCUACACAUCCAAGCGGAUGGGAAGUGCCAAAAACACCUGGAACACUUACAAGUAUGAGAAACUGUGGGUGGACGAAACCACAAAAGGCAGGCAACGGGUUGAUAAUUUUGAUAAUAUCAUGCCGUCAAAAUCAACACGUGAAAAGCGAUCUACGGGGAGACUGAAUUUCGGCGAGAAGUCUAAUGGUGUUGGACGUUCGUUAACUGAACUGGAGGAAGAAUUCAUUUACGCUGCAGAAUUCGGAGACAUUCCUACGGUGCAAAGAAUCCUUCAGGAUAAUACAAACUUUAAUAUCGACUAUAAUGACAUUCUGGGUCGCACACCGCUUCGUCUGGCAGUCGGCAAUGAGCAUCUAGAGGUGGUUGAACUACUUCUUGACAGAUGCAACUCCACAACUAUUCAUGAAGCACUCUUGCAAGCUAUCAGUGCUGGUCACGAAAAUAUAGCUGAAACCAUUCUGAAACAUCCCAAAUAUAAAGACAUCAAAAGAGAGAAUAAACGUUUUGGAGAAACAGACUACUUCUACAACCAGACAAGUGAAGAUUCACCAUUUUCCUCCGAUAUUACACCGCUUAUUUUAGCAGCAGAACGUAACCAGUUUGAAAUAGUUCAACUAUUGUUAUUAAGAGGUGACACUAUUCAGAAACCGCACCACUAUUACUGCGCAUGUCAGGAAUGUAAUAAUAAGUUGCAGUUUGACCAAUUGAGACUUGCCAAAACAAGGCUCAAUGCAUACCGGGGUUUAGCAAGUGGUGCAUACAUAUCCUUAUCGAGUAAGGAUCCGGUUCUCACUGCAUUUGAACUCGCUCAAGAAUUAAGAGAUGUAGCACGGGUCGAGAAAUAUUUCAAGAAUGAUUAUCUCUCAUUAGCUGACCAGCUGAAUACAUUUCUCUUCGUUGCACAUCCCAGUUGCCAGCAGAAACUUGUUAGUAUCUGGUAUUCGAAUUUUCGUACUCUAGAAAGGUCAAACUGGAUAACACGAAUUAUGAUAAUGACUUUAGUCACAACCACAUAUCCAAUCCUUGCAAUAGUGUAUUGGUUUGCACCUAAAUCCAAAUUACAGAAGAUCCUACGCUGUCCGUGUAUUAAGUUUAUUGGCCACACAAUGAUGUUUGUCGUGUUCCUCAUAAUGAUCAUAAUUUCCACAUUCACUGAACUCCCAGAUGAAAAGAAAUCGUUACUAUAUAAAAUACCCAGCGCAAAUCAUAGCUAUCAGUAUUUCAGAAACAUUACCUCGUCGCCUUACCCCAAAGACUUUGUGAUCCGAACAUAUGAACCGGAAAUCAUACACAUCUUAAUUUCAAUAUGGAUCGUUGGUAUGCUCUGGCAGGAGAUGAAGCAAGUGUACGCUGCAGGCAUUCACAACUACUUUGACUCUUUAUAUAAUUACUUGGACUUCGCCGUCCUUACACUUUACAUAACCUCAUUUACGUUGCGCUAUUUAAGUAUUAUUAAGGUUAGUAUCUUUUCUCCGACAGAUCGUUGUUAUUGGUUUGCACUUGAUCCGCACAAUAUUGCAGAAUCGUUGUUUGCUAUUGCUAAUGUGAUAAGCUUUACACGUGUAUCAUAUGUUCUACCAGCGAAUGAACAUUUUGGACCCAUGCAAAUAUCAUUGGGGAAAAUGAUAGGGGACAUUAUAAAGUUUGCUGUAAUUAUAAGUGUCGUUAUAUUCGCUUUUAUGGUGGGUUUAUACAACCUAUAUUGGUACUACAGCAUCCGUAAAAUAGUUGAGAUAAGAGACCAUAACGUCAAACCACAAGCUCAGAAAUUCUUUGGCAACUUGGACAAUACGUUUCGGACAGUGUUCUGGUCCUUGUUUGGCAAAGGCGAGGCCUCAGUCGUUGAGCUAGAUGGCUUUAGUCAUUAUUUUACCCGCAAUGUAGGUUACUGGAUUUUCGGUGCAUAUAACAUUAGUACUGUGAUCGUGCUUUUAAACAUGCUCAUAGCAAUGAUGACAAGGUCAUUCGAAUGUAUCCAGACGGAAGCGGAUACUGAAUGGAAAUUUGCUCGCAGUAAGCUUUACAUGGAAUACAUCCAAGAGGACUGUACUCUACCGGUGCCAUUUAACAUUAUACCAAGUUUCAAAUCUAUUUUCUAUAUUUUGCGAUUCUUUUACCGUCUUUUUGUUAAAAAAGAAGAAUCUGGUAUGGUAAGACAUCCCGGUCGAAUAAAAGACGUUGAGCUUUAUGCAAUGCCAAGUGGACGUCGGCAAGGUAUCACCCAGUUAGAUGCAAGUGCUUGGGAAACUGAUUCACCUCACCUGAAGGGAAUCAAACAUUUCCAAGAGAGAAUGUCGACGACAAAUGGCUUUGUGCGGAACGAUUCAGACCCUUCGAUAUGUUCCCAAAAGCUUACUUAUCAGCGGGUCAUGAAGCGGAUUGUGAAGCGUUACAUAUUCGAUAUGCAGAGGGAGAACGACACAAAUGAAGGUGAUUUUGACGAGCUAAAACAAGAUAUUUCCAGUUUCCGUUACGAAAUGUUAAACCACAUAUCAACGCAUCAAAAUGACAAGAAAGUUAAUCAGGAACAGAUAAGCCAGUUACGAUCCAGAGUAGACGAACUGGUUCGGCAAAACGAUAUCAUAUUGAGUUUGUUACAGAGAGAAUCGGGUAAAAAACGCAUGACAGAUUUGGAUGCGUGUUUUGACAGUUCUGAUAACUCAACGCUCGAUAUUUACGGGGGCAAUAUGAAUGAAUCAACCAGUGCCCAUGAAAGUGUUCAGGAUUUAUCUGACAUGAGUACUUCGCAACAUUUAUCCGAUGAAUCGCGAAGUGAAAAACAGGACAGUUUUGAUAAAGCGGACCCUAACGGCAAAGAAGAAACGCACAUUCAUGUUGAUGUAGAACUUGAUAAAAAUGAUACGCCGAAUGAUGGAAAAGACGAUAUAUCUCUCUAAGGGAAGAGAAUAACCCUGAAUCUUUUCAAUGAUUUGCCUCAAUUUCAAUAAUGAUUGAUUAUAUAUAUAUAUAUUCAUUCAUAUAUAUGUGUAUAUAUACAUAUAUACUUAUAUUCAUAUAUACACAUAUAUACUUAUAUUCAUAUAUUCGUUUAUAUACAUACAUACAUAUCUUCGUUUAUAUAUAUAUAUAUACAUAUUCAUAUAUACAUAUUCAUAUAUACAUUAUAUAUGUAUGUAUAUACAUAUAGAUAUAUGUAUAUACAUAUUCAUAUAUACAUUAUAUAUAUAUGUAUGUACAUACAUAUGUUUGUAUAUACAUAUAUAUACAUAUUCAUAUAUACAUUAUAUAUGUAUGUAUAUACAUAUAGGUAUAUGUAUAUACAUAUUCAUAUAUACAUUAUAUAUAUAUUUAUGUACAUACAUAUGUUUGUAUAUACAUAUAUAUACAUAUUCAUAUAUACAUUAUAUAUAUAUAUGUACAUACAUACAUAUGUUUGUAUAUACAUAUAUAUAUGUAUAUAUACAUUUAUAUAUGUGUAUAUAUAUACAUGUAUAUAUGUGUAUAUAUACACACAUGUGUGUAUAUAUGUAUAUAUAUAUGAAAAAAACUGAGAUAAUACACAACCAGUCAAUAAAAAUAGCAACUAAAUUUGUUUUUAAUUGCAUUUAUGUGGAAUUAAUUUGAACAAUUCAGUAAUCUAUUUUUUAACCAAAUUUUCUUCAAAUAUCCAAUGAGAACUCUUUCAGAUGUUUGUUAAUUGUUAACGAUCAGAGACAGAACAAAGAGAAAGUUUAUAGGCAGACAAUCUGAAGAAGUUUUAAUUUACAGUUUACAUAACUUCCUCUAUCCUUUCAAGUAUAACCUCAUUCUGGUACGCCUUGUCUCAAAUUAUAUUUUGUUGUGAAUUUUGUGUGCACGAGUGUGUAAAAGAGGAUAUAUUGAACGUAAGAGAAAGCUCGAAUGUGAGUGAUAUUCACUCAACAACUUGUUAUACCUGAACUAUAUAUCCGAUAUUGUUGAAAUUCCCUUACUUGAGAGAGUUAAAUUUGGCCUUUGUUAUUGGAUAUAACAUUGUAUGCUGAGAUCUGUAAACACAACAUUAUGUCUAAUUUUGGAAUGGCGGAUGUAGUUCUUGUUGCAUAGUGCCACAGACAAACAACCACAACUUUAGUACACCGGAAAGAUAGGAUUCCUUGCUAUUAAAAUUAGUUCUGAGUUACGACGUCGUCUACAUGUUAAAGAAAUAUUUGUUAUGUCUUUCAGUAUCUUGCCAAUCCUGUCUACACAACUUUAGGUAUUGAUUAUGUUUAAAACAGACAUGUUUACAUUUGAGAAAGAUUAAUUUUGGGAUCAAAUAUUGUUCCAAAGAAAAGGAACUUAUAUACAAAUGUCAACAAAAUUUGGAAGAAAUCGUUAGUUAUUUACCCGAAACUUGGAGAUGAAUAUAAUUGUUUAUACGAUGUAUGGCUGGAUACUUAUAUUCCAAUGUUCUAGAUUUCUGCUUCUACUUCAUUUGUCCGCAGUAUAAUAAUAUUAUAAAGCAAUGUCAAUGUUAACCUUUAUGAUUUUGGAAGCUUGAUUUUGCCUAAAAUGAGAAAAUAUAAAAGUAUAUAUAUAUAUAUAUAUAUAUAUAUAUAUAUUAUAUAUUAUAGCAAUGCUAAAUGCAACCUAAAGAUUCUAUAUAGGUAACUUUAAAGACUAAUUUUGUUCACUGCCUCAAUACGUCUUCUGAAAGUUCAGUUUUGUCACUUGUCUGGUAUAGUUAUGUAACAUUUAUCUACAAAAGAGCUUGCAUCAACAAACGCACAUGUUUAAACACACAUAUAUGUAUUUAAACACAUACAUAUAUCUAUGAACAUAACUACUUAUACAUAAAUAUACGUACAAAAAUCUACAAUUGCAUUCGUACAUGCAAAUCUAUUAAUGCAUGGUUUAAUGCAAAUAAUUCUUUUUUUUUUUUAUUUUUCAAGUUUUUUUUUUUUUUAGAAAAUAAUGGAAAGGUGAAGAAAGUAGAGAAAAAAGUGUGGAAUUUCUAGUGUAAAAAGUAAUAAAAUUUUUAUUAAUAUC